AAGGCGCUUUUUGAAACGGCUGAAGAAGAGGAAGAUAAUAGAAUUGGGAAUCCAUACACAUUCUCAUUACGAACAACCUCUCAACCAACUUCCAUGGACUCUCAGUCUCAGAUCUUGCUCCAGCCCUAGCCGCUUUCCAGAGGUUUUAUUGUGUGGAUAAGGUGUGGGAGCUUGCUGUGGUGCUGGUGAUGGAUGUGGUGGAGUGACGGACAGAGGCGGCGGGAUGAGGGAGAUGGACGAUAGAGGUGGUGGAUCGUUUGUUGCUGUUAGGAGGAUUUCUCAAGGUCUGGAGCGAGGAAAUACUUGUCACUCGACUUCAGCUGAGGUUGUGGCAGGAUCAGCUGCAUGGCUUGGCCGGGGUCUUUCUUGCGUUUGUGCACAGAGAAGAGAAAGCGAUGCACGUCCAUCAUUUGACUUAACUCCUGCACAGGAGGAAUGCUUGCAGACGCUGCAGAACCGCAUAGAUAUUGCCUAUGAUAAUUCAAUCCCUGAGCACCAGGAGGCUCUAAGGGCUCUAUGGAAUGUGGCAUUCCCAGAGGAAGAACUUCGUGGUUUGAUAUCUGAGCAGUGGAAGGAAAUGGGCUGGCAAGGAAAGGAUCCAUCAACAGAUUUUAGGGGUGGUGGUUUUAUUUCAUUGGAGAACUUAUUGUUCUUUGCCAGGAAUUUCCCGAAGUCGUUCCAGGAUCUCCUUCGAAAGCAAGUAGGAGAUCGGUCUUUAUGGGAAUACCCAUUUGCUGUAGCUGGGGUGAACAUCACAUUCAUGCUUAUUCAAAUGCUUGAUCUUGAAGCAGUCAAGCCACGGACACUUGUGGGAGCAACAUUCUUGAAGUUUCUUGCAGAAAACGAUUCGGCAUUUGACCUCCUUUAUUGUAUCACGUUCAAACUAAUGGAUCGUGAAUGGCUUGCCAUGCAUGCAUCAUAUAUGGACUUCAAUACUGUAAUGAAAGCGACACGACGACAAUUGGAAAAAGAGCUACUAAUGGAGGAUAUUUCAAGGCUCGAAGAACUACCUUCAUACGACCUUCUCGAUCAAUAGUUCGUUUACCAACCAAACACCUCAUUUUCUAAUGGAAAAUAGCUUGUGGUAUCGUCUUCAAUAGCUUUUAACUAGAUAGAGGUUUUUUUCUUUUGUACAUGAUUAUUCUCCGAUCUUCCCAUUGUCAAGCGGCUUGCUCUUUUGACCAAGUAGUGUACACCAUCCAUUCCACUUCUUUUUUUUUUCCUUCUUUGUUGUGGUUUACUUUUUCUCUUUGUUUCUUCUCAGAAUUUUCGGUUGAGACUUAUUUUACAAAUAAGUUUGAUGAAUGAGCUGUUAAUUUCUUACACUU